AUGAGGUGCUCUAGGUGGUCGGUCAAAAAAUGCUUCCUGACCUCAGUCGGUGUUGCCUUCUUGUGGCUGCUGGUCAUGCUGAGACUCUCUAGAGAAGGUGAAGAUAACCUGGAGGAACAAUGUUUCAAUGACCAAGACUGUCCUAAAAGGAAGAACCAAAAUCCACUAGAAAACUGGGAGAGCCUCACCUUCCAAUACCUGAGACCAACACAACAGAGAAAGAAGACAUGGUUGACGGUGGGGAUCUCAUCGGCGCCACCUUCAGAUGGAAACAGCCUCUUGUAUACACUUAUCUCCCUCUUCCAGGCUGUUUCUAAGACUGAGCAGAAAGACCUGAGAGUGCUGGUCCACCUGACUUACUCCGAACGCUCCAGGCUCAGAGAUGCCAUCAUCCAAAUUUCAGGUUUCUUCGGCCCCCAGAUCUUGGCAGGGCAGCUGCUAUUGCUCCACACUCCUGCCACCAGCUCCAGUGGGGCACACAAGGCCGAGAUGGACCAGGACACCUAUGCCAGGCAGAACAUGGAUUAUGCUUUCCUGGUGAGCGUGGCCACGGGGCUCUCUGACUACUUCCUGCUUCUUGAUGACCGUGCCACCUGUGCCCCAAGUUUUGUUACCCACCUUCACUGGAAGGUGAGGUCCCUGCAGUCUCAGCCCUGGGUGUUUCUGGAGUUCUCGAAUCUGGGCUUCCUUGGCAAGCUCUUCCGCAGCCACGACCUCCCACGCCUUGCCCACUUCCUUCUCCUCUUCAACAAAGACAAACCUCUGGACCAGUUGCUCUGGCAUUUCCAGACCCUCCAGGCCCAACGACCCCCUGUGAUCUGCACUCCUUUCCUCUUCUACCGCCAAGGGUCUCACCCUGACAGUGCUCUGUUGCAAAGGGGACCCCUGGAGCUCAAAAAGCCCCCUGUGCGCAUUGUCACUGACAUGAAGGCGCUGUAUGCUCAUUUUCCCCCGGACGUCUACACUUCAGGGAUGUUCUUUUGGACCUACAAUGUGAGUGCCAGGAACCACCUGACCAUCAUUCUGAACCAACCUGCCAAUCUGACCCGAGUCCAGGUAUUGACAGGCACUGUGCUGGAGGGAAAACACAUUUUGGAGAAGGGCCAGGUGGAGCUGGGCUGGAGCCCCCAGGGGACGCCCCCUCGGUGCACCCGAUUCACCCUGCUGGGCCAUCUUAAGGCAGGGCAGAUGGAUGGCCAGAGACUGCUGAGCAGACAGGGUCUAGACGUGAGCUGUGUCAGGCUGGUGGUGAAGGCGCCUCAGCUGGGCGAGCUCCUGAUCAGGCACAUUAACCUCCAGGAGGAGCCUGCCAAAGAUGAGAGAGCCUCAGAGCCUGAGAAGGGUCAGUAA